ACAACCAAAAGCCACAGCCCCACUGCUGCAAAGCUCAAAAGCUCUCCUUCCCGCUCGAGCGAAUACCUAUCUCUGCAAAUUCGCCUCCCCUUCUCCGCCGUGUCGGAGCUGAGCAUGGCUGGCGGCGCCGCCGCCUUGAAAUACCCGAUGAAUUUCGAGGAGGCCUGGCCAAUUUUGGAGGAGGAAGCCAUCAACAAAUUCAUCGACAAACUUGAACUCGAGGAACAUCUGCCCAGCCAUCAAUACAUCAAUUCUGAAGAGUACAUGCGCUUCUAUACACUAGUUUACAAUGUAUGUUCCCCGAAUCCAAUCGGUCCAGAAGUUCUGCAACUAUACGAACAAUACAAAAGGAUAUUCGAGGACUACGUAUCUUCUAAGGUAUUGCCUUCGUUGUGGAGAAAAUCGAACGAAAAUCUGUUGAGAGAAUUGUGGAGAAGAUGGAACCAUCACAAAUAUUUGACGAAAUGGUUCUCCAGGUUCUUUAAUUACCUUUCGAGAUACUAUAUACCGAGGAAGAAACUGCCUUCUCUUGUAGAAACCAGCCACUCGAUAUUCUAUAAUAUGGUUUACUGGGAAGUAAACGUUCAAGUUAGUGAAAUCAUUAUAUCAUUAAUUGAUAAGGAGCGCAAAGGGGAAGAGAUUGAUCAGGCGUUGGUGAAAGAAGUACUGAAUAUUUACGAUGAAAUCGAGAGUGGAGAUGCAUCGAAGCACCAUGCAAAAUAUAUUGAAGAUGCAAUUAUUGAAGCCACCUCUAAAUUCUACUCGAGAAAGGCCGUAAACUGGAUUGCAAUGGAGUCGUACGACGAUUACAUGCUUAAGGUUGAGAAAUGCUUAGAAGAGGAGAAAAGCAGAGUUUCGAAUUACUUGAGUAAAUACAAAGUACUAGAGAUUGUGCAACAUGAAUUGCUCGAGGUACAAGCAACCAAGCUACAAGAAAAGAAAGCUUCUUCAUGAUGGAAGUGCUUUAAUUUGCUUCAUUUAAAUGUCAUAUAUAUAUGAUUGUUAGAUUACUGGAGAAUCUUAUAGGCAGGUUUUCACUAUCAACAGAGUUUGAAUAAAGUUUUAAAAACCAUUUGAGUUUUAUUUUAUUUUAAAUCCAGAUUUAGCUUCAAUUCAUAAUGGUGUAAAUUGUAUUAAUAGAGUUUAUUGCAAAACCCUCCCUAUAUUUUGAUUUUUUUUUUCAGCUCACAACCUUUUAAUUGACGAGUUUUUAAGGUGUGUAUGCUUCAGAAUUCCCAAAUAAUGGGGUUCUUUGCUAAUAAAAAUAACAUUACAG